CACGUGCCAGUUGUGUUCUCAUUCAGGCGGACGUAUACCACGCGUAUCAUGUCGUGCGUGAAAACAGCGUUCCAGCGGAGAAUAUACUUACCUUCGCCUACGACGAUAUUGCAAACAAUCCCAAAAAUCCGUUUAAAGGCAAAGUGUUCCAUGAAUACCAGCACGAAGAUGUGUACAAUGGUGUAGUAAUUGAUUACCGUGGAAAAGACGUCACACGUGAUAACUCCGUGAAAGUAUUAAAAGGCGACAAGAAACUUGAAGCUAACAAGAAGAAGAUGCUGGAAAGCGGUCCUAAUGACAACGUGUUCAUCUUCUACUCUGGCCAUGGUGGAACUUCCCAUAUUGCCUUCCCAGAUGAAGACCUGUAUGCCAUGGAGGUGAACGAUACCCCCGCCAACUUGCAUUCAAAAAAAAUGUUCAACGUGGAUACGUGCAAAUCUGGCUCUAUGUUGCGCGACGUUCUUCCUUCAAAUAUGGGAAUCUACGCGACAACAUCAGCCAACAAAUGUGAAAACUCCUGGCCACUUUUUUGUUAUGACAAGGAAAUUGAUGUUUGUCCAGCGGACGAAUACUCGUGUGUCUGUCUCUUAGACUCGGAAUACGUCCCAGAGGUAGCGCAUCAUACUACUCAUUUGAUGGAGCUAUGCAAAGCCGGAUACGAGGCUGAAACCCUCAUCGACUCU